ACGAGCCCAACGCGACGACGUAAAUAGUCCGAAUUUAUACGUUCUCGGUCUGUGCUCGAAGUUUAUUAUUGUUUUGCGGAUUGCGUCUCGCGGUGAGCUUAAACUUCUCGUACUUUACACUCGGGAUCCGGUUAUAUUGUGCCCCGUGCCUAGGUCAAGUUGUGAGGUGACACGUCGUGCUUCGACCAGUGGCUCGUGUCUCGGUUGCGGAUCACCUCGGAACAACACCAACAUACAGGAAGCCAAGAGCCAGUUCAUACCUUAACCUAAUUCUGGAUGACCAUCAAGAAAGAUCUCCAGUCGAAAAUGUUUUCAAACGAGGAACACAUGAGCUAAGGAAAGAAGACGAUUACAUCCCUCGACCUAAUAUUGCGCCGAGAGCAAAAGGUAUAUCCCUCCGGUGAGAGCAUGACCAAAAUGAAGAUAGGCCGGCUGAAAAAGACGUAGAUUCAUCGGGUCUGGUCGCCGGGUGAGGUCAUCGAGGUGAGGUCAGCAGGUCACUGUGAUGGAGAGGUCAUUCGAAAUCAAGCGGCUGGCAUUGGUUCGAUACUACGAAGUGAUCUUAGUUGUCGCGAUCAUCCCUGUCGAAUCCGUGACCUGUAAACCCAAGACCCCGAGAGCGAGGAAGCGAGCAAAAAGGGAUUCAGGGAUGGCGAAUUUGAGUUUCGCUGGUCCGAGUGCGGGCUGGGACCUGUACAACCUGAUGCUGGACGCAGACAACGACAGCGCCCUGAACGUCACCAACGGCACUGCUGAAGAAGGGUCCUACUGCGGCGAGUGGGAGGCGGCCCAGCAUAACCUCUUCCAGUUCUCUAACCUCUGUUUCGUGUCAGCUUUUCUGGCGCCGCGAACCUACAAACCCAGCGUCUUGCUCCUCAGGGCGUUGCUGAGCACGGGUUUCUUCAUCUCGGCAGCAUGGGCAGGGGUGCACGUGUGUCUGUUCGACGCCUUCUUGUGGAACAUGGUCCUCGGGUUCCUGAACGCGGUGCACACGCUCUUGCUCAUCUGGCGCUUCUGCCCGCCGGCCCUGUCGCUCGAGCUGACCGAGCUCUACGUCCGCGUCUUCAAGCCGCUCAAAGUGAGCAAGAAGCACUUCAAGGAGCUUACCAGGGAGGUUACCUUCCACCAAAUUAGUGAGCAGGAGACCUACGCCAUCGAGGAAACCACUCCUGCUGACGAGCAACUCUCCAUCCUCCUCAGGGGCAGGCUGAGAGUAACAUGUGGAGGGACGCAUCUUCAUUUUAUUAACUGUUAUCAAUUUAUCGACUCUCCCGAGUGGGAAGCGAACAAUCAAACUGAUGCUCAAGUUUUUCAGGUGACAAUAACAGCAGAGGAGGAGAGUUCCUACCUCAGUUGGUCUCGUUUAAAAUUAGAUCGAGUCUUGAGGCAUCGGCCGCAGCUCAGAGUAGUCUUUUCGCAUAUUAUAGGGAAAGACAUCACGCAGAAGUUGUACUGUUUGAACGAGCAGGUUGGGCAGCGAUUCGCGAACGACGCCCAAAGUCGGGCUGUGAAGGAGGACCUGUGGCGGAACCUAAACAGGAGUGUUAGUGUGGAUGCUGUCAACACCGGCACACACGGACAUGUCAGGUCCACCGCCUGGCACAAGGCUCAUCAAGCUGAGAAGAGGAAAAGCAGCAUCCUCUCAGAUUACAUGGUGACGGAGUCCCCGGACAUGGGUCAACAACGGAAAUGCUGGAUCCCAGUGGUGGCAUCCCAAUUCCCUGCCACGUCGCCGUUCACCCACCUCCAGGCGCAGGAGUCGGAACCACUCCUCAGUCAGGAGGAAUCCGAGCGGCAGCCGCUGAUCUCGCCGCUCCUCAGGGACGCCGCCCCCACCUCGAGCGCCUUGAAAGGUGUCAGCGCCUUCGGGGGGCAGGUCCCUCUGACGGCCACGGCGCUGGCGCCCCUGGUCACGACCUCGGCCGCCUCGACGCCGCCCGGCUUCCCGGCCGGCACGACGGUGACCCUCAUCCCGGUCAUCGUCCCUGUCCCGGUCCUCGCCACCGACGCCCCCGCUCACCACCCCCGCGCCUCCGGCAAGAAGCAGCGCGAGGUCACCUUCGACGAGACCAAGCUCUGACGCACGCUCCCGGUCCCUGGACCCGGCUCAAUGUGCAUUCCUUAGAAUCGAACGUUUUGUCGAGAGGU